AAAGUGAAAUCAUCAGCAGCAGAAUCAGAGGAGUCAAUUGAGAGAGAGAGAGAGAGAGAGAGUCUAUUCUUUCUUUCUUUCGACGACGACGACAAUUCAAACUUGUACGGAGUGAAUACUUUUCUCGGCUUGUGUGUGUCAGAUCUGCGAUGCGAAUCGGUGAUUCCAGUGCUUAGAUAGAUAUCGAUAGAUGGAGGAAACGCCGGCUUACGAGCAGGACGCUGUUUCUCUCGGCGGCGGCAAGCACAGGAUCCUUGCUGACCUUGCUCGCGUUCAACAGGAACUUGUCUUCUUAGAGAAAGAGUUGGUAGAGGUCGAGAAGACAGAUAUUGUAUCAACCGUCUGUGAAGAGCUUCUCUGUGCCAUCGAGAAAGAACCCGACCCUCUGUUGCCACUAACCAUUGGACCUUUGAACUUAGGAUGGGACCGGUGGUUUGAAGGACCAAAUGGAGGAGAUGGCUGCAGAUGCUUAAUACUUUGAUUACAAGACAGUAAUGUUACAUAUAGUUUCUUGCUAAGAUAUCUUUAAAAAAAAAAAAGAAAAAAAAAGGCGUACAGAUUAAUGAGCACUGGAUUGGCAUAGAAUGGCUUAGUUGGACGUACGUAACAAUAUAUGUAUAUGUAUGUAAAAGAUCUGAAUCUGACAUGCGAGCAAUGGGAGUUUCAGCUUCUCGUUUUCUUUUCCUAAAUUUUGUUGAAAGACGAUGGAAUGUGCAUAAUGAUAUUUUGGGGACUAAUGAGGAAGUGGGUAUACCUUGAAGACCGUUAAGUGUGUCUCCCUUUUGUAUAUUUUUGUAACUUUUUGUCCACAUCCACUCUCCAUAUUUUUGCUAUUUUUGCUAUUUUUGCUAUUUUUGCUAUGGAUUGCUCAGACCUCCUAAGGAUGACGUCUAAUAUCGAGGAUUGGCCGACCUUUUCAUCA